AUGCCUCGAUGGGAAGCCGUUUGCCUCCCUGGCGUUUGUCGCUCGAAUGGUGACCGCGAGCGGUCCGGCUUGCUGGCGGGCGGUGCUCUGAUUCCCGUGGUGGCGGAGCCUCUGCUGUUGCGACGCCACUGCCCGGGACAAAGGAAGCUGCAAGGCCGCAUCAGCUUCAAGCGGCCUCUGGAGAAGCCUCAGAAAAUCCAGGCGAAGGCUGAGGCGAAGUUCGAGCCCGAGCCCGAGCCGCCCCAAAUGGAAGCGCCCCAACACGCCGUGCUGGGAGCUGGCGAAGGAGACUCUGCAACGGCACCAAGAGACGAGGAGCUCCAAAGCCCUCUGCUGACAGCCAACUCGGCCUCCAAGCCCACGGAUCUCGUCGCCUCGACACUGAGGAGUGAUCAGAAGUCUGAUGCCGACUGGGGAUGUUCUGGUCAGUUGGAGUUGCAGGCGUGUGCUGCAGAGCGGAAGCAGGCGAACCUGGCCUCGAGUCAGGCGACCUCUUCUGUGAGGAUGUUCUGCAUUUCUGGCAAGCUCAGUGGGCUUAGGUCCUGGGAGGGCUUCGGUAGCACGGGAUACAUUGAAGGAAGGCACCAGUCAGAGGAAGAGGAUCUUUGUCAAAAGGCGGCGGCCCUUUUCGGUCUCUGGCGAAAGGCCCUGGCGCGUUGCAUUGCCAAGCUGCGGCCGGAGGCUGGCUUCCACUCAAAGCUCGAUCUCCCCAGACCGCCGAAGCAGAUGCCAGGCCCGGAAGUGGUGGCUGUGAGGCCGCUCGAGAUGGAGCUUUUGGACCUGGCGGAAGGUCCAUUGCAGAGCCGGCGGCGGUACGCUACCUGCGGUCGGCAGCCUCUGCUGCAUGCAGUGGUACGGAUUGCAACGAUGCGAAAGCAUUGGCAGAGUGCAUCUCUCAACACUUGGCGCAUCUUGGGCAGAUUAUGCGUGGCCGGUCGCAGUUCGCAGUGCGUCCCGGAAUCGCGGCCUUUGACGAGCUCCACAGACCCGCCACGAGUCGUCGCUGCGGAGGGCAAAGUCUUCCCGCCGCGCGUCGAUCGCCUCUUCAACCUGCGCGAGGUGGUGCCCCGAGAGCUGCGCCGCGUCUUCGCCUGGCCUGGGCGCCUGGAGCCUGUGGAGGCCCAGCUUCGACCGCGGCAGAUCCUGCGCCCGAACCCAGGGCCGCCACAGCUAGAGGGCCGUGACCCGGGUGACCGAGAAGUCUACGCCCAGUGA